ACAGCAGGGAGCAGGCGCAGCAGCGUCGUGAGCUCGCGCUGCUGAGGGACGAAAGUUUUACUUCGCUUUUUUAUCAAACGUUUGUUUUUUUUUUUGUUUUUUUUCCCCCAGGAAACAGAAGUCACACAGUGACGUCACUGGACAGCUGAGAAACAGCACGAGACUGCGGAACGCGAGACGUGCUCCUGUGUGCUGAACGCGGAAGUCCGGAGAGAAGAUCUGAGUUUAACUUCGAGUAUAAAGUUUAAUGAAUUUUAUCUCGACAGCGGUUUGAGCUGCAGGUUGUUCAAUUUUCGUUGUUGUGGAGAUGAAGCGGAGUCGGGUGUUGGCGGUGCUGGUGGGCGGAGUCUUCUGUGUCGCAGUGAUGACACUGUACCGCAUGCUGGAGCUGAUGCAGGGGGCCGAGCGUCAGCACCGUGGGGAAACUCCUGGUGGACAGGUGGAGGAAGAUUUGUCCCGCCUCCAGCAGAAGAUUGACAGGUUGGAGCGUCUCCUUAGUGACAACAACCGUCUGGUUGCUACGCUGCGGGACUCUCUGGUCCACCGAAAAGCAUCAUGGGAAACCGGUGGGGGAGGAUCCAAUGUGAGCUCAGACUCCACCCACAGCAGGGUGGACACACCCCCUGGAUGCAGAUUGGCCGAGGAGAUGAAGGACGGAACUGACAGAGUUCAGCUGCUGGAUGUUUACGACCUCCUGCCCUUUGAUAACCCAGACGGCGGCGCCUGGAAACAGGGUUUUGAGAUCCGUUACCAGGGAAACGAGUGGGAUGAGCAGCCGCUGGAAGUUUUUCUGGUUCCACAUUCACACAACGACCCGGGUUGGUUAAAAACCUUUGACAGUUAUUAUCAGGAUCAGACGAAACACAUCCUCAACAACAUGUUGGUCAAACUGACUGAGGACAACAGGAGGAAGAUGAUCUGGGCAGAGAUCAGUUAUUUCUCUAAAUGGUGGAAUGACAUCGACGAGCAGAAGAGAGAGAUGGUCAAACGCCUGGUGGGGGCGGGGCAGCUGGAGCUGGUGACGGGCGGCUGGGUGAUGGCGGACGAAGCGAACUCUCAUUACUUCGCUCUGUUGGAUCAGCUGAUCGAGGGACACCAGUGGAUCCAGAGACACCUGGGUGUAAAGCCCCGCAGUGGCUGGGCUGUGGAUCCUUUUGGCCACUCCCCCUCUAUGACCUACCUGCUGAAGGGAGCGGGGCUUAGCAACAUGGUCAUCCAACGUGUUCACUACGCCGUCAAGAAACACUUUGCCCGGCAACAGACGCUUGAGUUUCAAUGGCGACAGAACUGGGACUCCUCCCCUCGCAGUGACAUCACAUGUCACAUGAUGCCGUUCUACAGCUACGACGUGCCGCACACAUGCGGCCCGAACCCGGCAGUCUGUUGUCAGUUCGACUUUCACCGCCUGCCGGGGGGGCGGGUCUUCUGUCCGUGGAGGACCUCGCCACAGCCAAUCACAGAUCAGAACGUCCAGGAGCGCGCUCUCCUCCUAUUGGACCAGUACAGGCAGAAGUCUCGUCUCUUCCGUUCUCCAGUGCUCCUCGUUCCCCUCGGCGAUGACUUUCGGUUCGUGGACUCGAGCGAGUGGGACGCUCAGUUCAGCAACUACCAGAGACUGUUUGACUUCUUCCAGGAUCACCCAGAGCUGCACGUCCAGGCGCGUUUCGGGACUCUGUCAGAUUACUUCGAUGCUCUACAGCGGCGUCUGAGUGCCACAGCAACGUCUCUGCCGACACUUCGCGGCGACUUCUUCACCUACGCCGACCGUGACGACCAUUACUGGAGCGGCUACUUCACCUCCAGACCCUUCUACAAACGGCUGGACAGGACGCUGGAGGCCACGCUCAGAGCGACCGAAAUCCUCUUCAGCCUGACGCUAGCUGAAAUGCGUCGUUUCCGUGGCGACGGUCAUCUGGUUGCAGGUUUUCCUGCACAAGAACACUUCCAGCGUCUGACAGCAGGAAGGCGGAGUCUUGCACUUUUUCAGCAUCACGACGCCGUCACCGGCACCGCCCGCGACCCCGUGGUGGUAGACUACGGCACCAGGUUGUUUCAUUCCAUCCUGAACCUGCGAAAGGUGCUGCAGAGCUCCGCCCACUGGCUGCUCCUAUUGGACAAGAGCCUGUACCACCACGACCAAUCGAAACCUUUCCUGCAAAUGGAUGAUGUCAUCUCAGCUCAGGACGCACUGCCUCAGAAGACACCGCUCACGCUCAGUGAUGAUCCCAGGUCAUUGAUCAUCUUUAACCCGACGGAGCAGCUCCAAACGUCCGUCAUCAGCGUCGUCGUCGACUCUCCGGACGCUCGAGUUGUUGAUGCAGAAACGGGUCAACCAAUUGCUUCGCAGAUCUCUGCGGUGUGGGCGGAGCCAAGCAGAGCGUCCACAGAGUCGUUCCAGCUCUCCUUCCUGGCUCAACUUCCUCCUCUGUCACUGCUCGUCUGUCAUGUGACCAAAGCCUCGGCUGGCUCCGCCCACCGGGCGAGCUACACCUUCUAUCGUCGUGGCAACCCGCCGACCGUCCACACCGAACACUUCCAGGUGUCCCUCCCCCAGGGACCUGAGGCCAACGCCCCACUGUCGCUUAGCAACAAGCAUUUCCAAAUAUGGAGUUCCCCGGAAACAGGCCUGUUGCAGAAGCUCCGUCUGCAGUCCGGUCUAGUCCGUCAGGUCCAGGUCCAGUUCCUGUGGUACGGAACCAGAGUCGGAGGGAAUCGGGAGAAGAGUGGAGCCUACCUGUUCCUGCCAGGGGAAGAGGGGGCCAAGCUCUACUCGUCCUCAGAGCCCCCCCUGGUGCGGGUCUCCAGAGGUCCCAUCUUCUCUGACAUCACUUCCUGUUUCCGACACUUCACGCACACGGUCCGCCUCUACCACCUGGACGGGCAUGCUGGGAGGUCCCUGGAGAUUUCCAAUAUGGUGGAUAUCAGGUCAGAGGUCAACCGUGAGCUCGUCAUGCGGCUCGUCAGCAACGUCGACAACGGCAACCGUUUCUACACCGACCUCAACGGUUUCCAGAUGCAGCAGAGGCGGACCCUGGCGAAGCUCCCACUGCAGGCGAACUUUUACCCGAUGAGCUCGGCGGCGUUUCUCCAGGACUCGACGUCUCGUCUGUCGCUGCUGUCGGCUCAGAGUCAGGGCGUCGCCUCGCUCAGACCAGGUGAGCUGGAGGUGGUGUUGGACCGGCGGCUGCAGCAGGAUGAUAACCGUGGCCUCGGUCAGGGCGUCACUGACAACAAGCUGACAGCCAGUCUCUACCACCUGCUUCUGGAGGACAGGAGGGGCGGGGCUCAGGAAGUGGGCGGAGCCCCGGUUGAACAUCUGUCACUGCUCGCUCACCUGACCUCACUCUCCCUCAGCCACCCGCCAGUCAUCAUGGUUGCCCGUAGCGACAGCCAGCUGCCGAAGCUCUGCCCAUUCCGGCCGCUCCGCUCGUCGCUGCCGUGUGACAUUCAUCUGCUGAACCUGAGGACGCUGGAGGAUGCACAGGAAGCAGGAAGUCCGUCACAGGAAGUGGCUCUCCUCCUCCACAGGAAGGGCUUUGACUGUAGCUCCGCCCCUGAGCCGCUGCCUCCGUGCACGUGGAGCGCACAUGAGGAGGUGAAUCUCGACGCUCUUUUCUCUCCUCUUCAGUUCAGAUCUGUCCGUCAGUCCGGCCUCACUCUGCUGCACCAGGACGACGAGCCUGAGUCCGCCCGGCAACAGCGACCAUGCAUCACCCGCCUGCGGCCAAUGGAAAUCAGCGCAUACCGUGUGGAGUUCGAGUGACAAACAGGAAGGAAGAAAAUCUGUUUCACUCUUUAGGCCAGAAACUGAUUCUGCAGAUCAACAUGUCAGAAGAUAAAAAUAAAAGACAGGUUAUUAAGAAAUAUUAGAAAAAGUGGAAAUAAACAUAAAUAAUGAAAUUAGCUGAAGCUCUGCAGAAAUAUUAUCAAUAAAAAAUAAUCCUGUUAAAGAUGAAAGUAUAUUAAUGAACAUGGAGCAGUGAAAUACUGAAGAGACAAAUUCUACUUUUAUAAAUUCAUAAAGUUUAGAACAUUUAUAAAGGGACAAACAGAAAACAGGAAGCAGGAUGACCAGCAGGGUCAAAGGUCAACAGAAUGUGACGACAUUCACACAAUGAAAUGAAUAUCUACAUAACCGAUCAAUGAUCAAUGAGUCCGUUUCUAAAAAUGUGAAUAUUUUCUUCAGUUUUCUAUCAAUAAUGAAAAUAAUAGACUGAGAGUGGGUGAAAGGUCGGUGAGCCUAAAGGUUAAAGGUCGAACACAGAAAUUUAAAUGAAGAAAAUAAACCUUGAGGUGUAUUUUAAACAGGUUGCUAUGGCAACAAAAAGGGACCAAUUGUGUCGUUAGCUCAGUGUUGGAUGAAUGUUGUUAAAUGAAUGUGUGUGUUUCCAUGGUUACUGUCAAUCACAGUUUGUGCUGGGAAUCUGUUACUGCUGUUUUUUUAAUGACAUGUAGUUUUUGUUUUUUUAUACCUGAGUGUGGGAUUGUGGGUAAAUGUGUUGAUUUAGUCUUGAUCUGUUGAUGUGUGACACUGGAGCUUCAGGUCAGUGUGAUUGUGUAAUUUAUUACAGGAAUGUUUCUGCACAGAUUCACUUGUUUAGAUUUUUUAAUUAAUUUUUUAUAUUUGCUGUGAAGGGGAAAGUUUAAGGGAAUUCUGGGAAAUUAUUAAAUCAUCUGGUUAUUUUUUUUAAUUGAGAAAUUCUCUAUAUUUUCUGUAAACAUCUCUGGCUGAAAGAUGGAUAUUUAAAACAUAAAGAGCUGAAAAAUGCUUUUUUAUUUC